UUGUUCGUGAGUCCCCCACUCACUUCGUCUACGCAUUUAUAUUUCGCUUUAUUUAUUUCUCAUACGUCCUGAGUUGACCUCGGAAUUGAAAAGAGAUGCGAGGGGGGUACGAGAGAUAUCCAAUCAGAGCAGGAAAGACGGACACCGCGUGCUUGCCAAUUGGCGCUCGGCUUGCACGUUCGGACUGUGAAGCCUUGCAGUCGCGAGAGAGACCCUAGCUACCCCCUGCCCGUUUGCGCCGACGCCCCCCCACCCCCGCCCUCUUGUGUCUAGACAUUGACAGGUGUGUGUGCGUGUGUGUUCGUCUAGACGGUGGAACUGGGAAGAAUAAUCAGACAUCCUCCAUGCAUCCAUCUUUAAUCUCCAUUAUUUGCCAAAUGCCCGUCGUGGAUAUUUAAGACAGAACCUCUAUUGCACAUUAACGUUAGACCACAAACAUCGCUCCGACUAUCAAACCCGUUGAUUUCAAGACAACAUAAAUGUAAGCCUAAUUAAACACAUUUGUAAUUAUAAAAUACUAAAAAAUGCAUUAUUCUUUUUGGUUGUGAAGGCCUCUGCUACAUGCUAGCUGACCAGCGACAUGCUUGCAAAUUAGGUAGGGUGGGGGAAGCCAUUUUAUUUUAAUAACGCGAUAUCAGAAAGGUCCAUUUUGGGAUUCGACUAAAGUGAGUUUGAUUCGGUGUUUCGGGCGUGCAUUGACCGAGUUUCAAUCUGCAGUUCUUAUGAAACUAAAAAGUAAAGUAAGAUUCCAUGCUAAAUACUCCGUACAAUCGUUUCUUUUAUGAUUAAUUUAAAAAUAUACAAAUAUAGCAUACACGCAAGGAGGCUUCCGGGUUGAAAUGGAGAACUCAGAUGGACUUCUAGAGCCCCCUAUUGGAUGAAAAAAAAAUCGACAAGUUAUUUCCGGUCGUCGGGUUCAGCCCAGGACACUCUUCGUCAUGUUUUUGGCCUACAUACGAAAAUAUGACCUAAUUCGACCUUAUAGAAGUAUUCAGAACGACAAAAAUCCACAUUCAGUGCCUAACUUAAAGUAUGUUUGGCAUUUUUGUGAAAUAAACACUAAAGGUUUGCAUGUCUAGCUGCACAAAAAGUUUACUUUGUUCAACUCAAAUGACCCACAUGCAGACAGACGGUGCUCUGCAAAAUGUCUAAACUGGGUCAGUAGAGUUUUAAGCUGCUUUGUAUAUUAAACAUGAACAUUUUAUAGGCCAUAUCAAAUGGUUGUUCGUAUAAACGAGGCUGUAGUCCUAACUGGCUUCACAGAGGUCACUGGGGUUGGCAAUCAGAAAGUUUAGCUGUACAGCUGGCACUGCACCAUUACAUGCAUGUCCAGUAUGAACAAAUGUGUGUUCGUUCAUAAAACUGUGUGUGAGCUAUUCAUACUGAAGGUAUGAAAACAAGGCUUUUGCAUGGAGGAAAGUCAUGACAAACGAUUGCACAGCAACUUUUACACAUCUUUUGCACACUUGUCUGUAGAGCCUGGCUGUAUGCAAAUAUAAAGAUGUUUUCAAUCCAGACUUGGCUAACUUAUUGGCCCAUUUGUGUGUGACCUAUUCAUGCUGGACAUAAGAAACUCACGCCAAUUCUGCCUAUCACAGAGAGCUUUGCAGAUAUGUAAGUCAGCUAUCAAGAAGCAGCUGGCUAUGGGUAGGGAUAACAUUGGGCUGAUAUUUAUACUAUGAUAGCAAAUACAUUUUAUUAUGCUGAAACCUGUCACCAUUUAGCCUCGUGAGACCAUCCUGAUCUCGUGAGCUUCAGGUUUCCAUUCGCAGAUCAGUCUGGCAUCUUUCCGAUAGAGAAAAUUUAGAGCAGUUCACCAAAUGAACGGCCAAUCAGCGUUGGUUUUGAGGUGGGUUUAGGUGUGACGCAACAAACAACAUGAAGGCAUCCACAGAUGAGAUGAGCAUAGCUAUCGCGCAAGUUUUAUUCAAAUUAGAAAGUAUUCCUGGGGAAGCUGUGAAGCUAUGAGUAAUCAGCCAUGCAGCUGGGAGGAAUGAACGACACAGACAUCCUCCACGGCCGAUUCCAGUUCAUAAUGGAGGAAUAUACUUUUUUCAGAAGUGUAGCUACCGUGAAAACUUGAUGGGAAUUGUUGUUGAUUAGGUUCAUGUCACAUACAAAUGUUCUCCAACGGAAAGUUCCCAGAUGGACAUGCAGAGCAAAUGCGAAGCAUCCAUCUGGCGGAGUCAGGCCAGUGCCUCUGAGGACCCAGCAAUGUAUCCCUCUGAAAUGGCUGCUGCCCCCCAGUCCAUGCCUAAAAAAACCCAUAAACAACUGCAACACAGGAGGUCUGGUUGGUCCACUGGCCUCAGUUUUACAAUUUCAAGCCCCAAACAGCCAUCAGUAAGGCCACAAACUAGGCCAUCAUCAUCUGGACAAUACACUGCACGACCUGCAUCAUGGCAAUACCCACAGGAAAGUACUGAAACACCCUCAUCAUUGUUGAGUCCCUCGAGGGAAGCCAGUGGUGUGACACAACAGCCCUCAGUAAGGACACGAACUAGGCCAUCAUCAUCUGGACAAUACACUCCACGACCCGCAUCAUGGCAAUACCCACAGGCCAGUUCCUCUGAGGCCUCGGCAAUUUAUCCCUCUGAAAUGGCUGCUGCCCCCCAGUCCAUGCCUAAAAAAACCCAUAAACAACUGCAACACAGGAGGUCUGAUUGGUCCACUGGCCUCAGUUUUACAAUUUCAAGCCCCAAACAGCCAUCAGUAAGGCCACAAACUAGGCCAUCAUCAUCUGGACAAUACACUGCACGACCUGCAUCAUGGCAAUACCCACAGGAAAGGACUGAAACACCCUCAUCAUUGUUGAGUCCCUCGAGGGAAGCCAGUGGUGUGACACAACAGCCCUCAGUAAGGACACGAACUAGGCCAUCAUCAUCUGGACAAUACACUCCACGACCCGCAUCAUGGCAAUACCCACAGGAAAGGACUGAAACACCCCCCUCAUUGUGGAGUCCCUCGAGGGAAGCCAGUGGUGUGACACAAGCAGAAGAUGUAGAGGAAGGUGCUGCAGGAGCUUCAGACACAUCUGUGAGAGAUAUGAGCAUUAGCUUUGGGGAAAUGGAUUUGGCCCGAGCUCUGGCUCUGUCUCCAGCUCUGGCAGCACAGAUGGAUGGGCAGGAAGAAAGUGGCUAGUCGAUGAGGCCAAGCUGAUGGAGCUUUUUAGAACAUGCGCUCAGUGUGGUGUGGCCAUUGAGUAAAAACGAGUAGCCACACGUGCCAGCCAGAUCAGAAUACACUGGACGUGUUUGAAGGGACAUACUGGGGAAUGGGCAUCAUGCACCGACCAAAGGAAUAUGGGCCGCAACAACAUCUUGACAUGUGCUGCAACAUUUUUCACCAGAGCCACCUACUCGGACAUUAAAGAAUGGGCAGAACUAAUCAACCUGCAGCUACCAGGCAAGACUCAGUUUUACGCCAUUCAAUCCAAAUACCUCAUCCCUAUGAUAAAUCAUGCAUACAAGGGACAUCAAAAAAAAUUCUGGAGAGGAUUUCUCAACUUUCUGCUUCAGGGCAAAAACUGGAAAUGUGUGGUGAUGCGUGGUGUGAUAGCCCU